AAUCAGCAAAUCGUCGGGUCGCUUUCCCCCCAAUCUCCGCCGCCGGUUGUUCGGCGCCCCGGCCGCCACCGCCCGCGGCGCUUGAUUUCUCUCUCCACCCAGCCCACAGACCAGAAUGGCGGCGCCCAAGAGCCCAGGGAUCUCGACGAUCUCGACCUGCACCCCAGAGAAGGCGCGGGGCGACCACGUGCUCAAGAUCGAGGGCUACAGCCUGUGCAAGGGCCUCGGCGUCGGCAAGGUCAUCCACUCCGCCCCCUUCGCCGUCGGCGGCUACGACUGGCGCCUCAGCUACUACCCAGACGGCUACACGGAGGCCACCAAGGAACUUGUCGCCGUCCUCCUCGAGCUCCUCACCAAGGACGUGGAGGUGAGGGCGCUCUACCAUCUGACGCUGAUCGAGCAGGCCGCGCGGACGUCGCCGGCGCAGCUCACAUGGCCAAAACCUACGGGGCCUGUCGUGUUCAGGAACCCCGCUAGGGACGCCUUGUCCUGCUUGGACCAUUCCAUGUUCGUGCAGAGGAGCCUCAUCGAGGGGUCGGCCUACUUAUACAUCCCCGACGACAUCCUUCUCAUCAAGUGCGACAUCACUGUUGUCAAGCUGAAGGAGGCGCAGAUGCGGAAGAUCGGCAUGAGCUUUAACAUCCAAGUGCCGCCUUCGGACUUGCUGCAAAAUCUUAGAAGUUUGCUCGAUGCGAGGGAGGAAUCGGAUGUGUCUUUCAAGGUCAAAGAUGAGGUUUUCACCGCCCAUAAGAUCAUCCUCGCAAUGCGGUCGCCGGUCUUCAGGGCGGAGCUCUACGGGCCGAUGAAGGACAAGUGCGGGCAGGGGCAGAGCAUAGCCAUUGAAGACAUGGAGCCCGCUGUCUUCAAAGCGCUGCUCCACUUCAUCUACACGGAUGAGCUGCCUCCCAUGGACGACCUCCAUGACGAUGACGAUGAAGAAGAGAUGGUCAGGCAUUUGCUCGUGGCUGCGGACAGGUAUGUCAUGGAAAGGAUGAAGUUGAUGUGUGAGAGAAAGCUUUCCGAGUUUCUUGAUGCCAAGACUGUGGCGGCCACGUUAGCUCUUGCGGACCAGCAUCAUUGCGGCAAGCUCAAAGAUGCUUGCAUUGGGUUUAUCAACUCUUUGGAUAGAAUGGAUGAUGUGAUGGAUAGUGUAGGGUAUGAGCACCUGAAAAGAGCAUGCCCUGCUAUCUUUAUUGAUAUAUGGGAGAAAGCUGCCAAGGCUCGCAAAAUGUAGCUUGAUCAC